CAUCCCACUGAUAUAACAACCUUAUUCGGAUAUGAGAUAAAAGCACAAAUACAGAUUUGUAAUUAUCUAUACCCAAAUGUACCUAUGGAGUUGAUCGGUAUGCGGUUUACUCUAUUCGUUCUUUGCGCUGAAAUUGUGCUUUCUUUUGUCCUGGGAUGUCCACAAAAGAGCCACUUGAACGAUACGUUCCCGUUUUCUAAGUCUACCGACAACACGUACACUUUUCAUGUCGCCUACCCGGUGGAGCCUGGAACCUCGGAAAAAUGGUACAUAAGGUUCGAGUUUCACCCGGCGGUUGAUUAUUUUGCGGUUGUGGACCCGUGCGACGGUUACUUGGACAACCAAAGUAACAGAGUUUUCAAGCUUUCAGGAAAACAUAACGGUCGCCUUGGGCUUAGUAUAGCAGCUGAAUGGAGGGGCAAUGCACAGACAGUCAACAUCACUUUGUGUGACAAAUUUUAUUACACUGUCCAUAAUUUAACACAGUUGGAAUUAAAGCCUGUUUCAGAGAAAAAUUAUCAAGGGAAAUGUUUAACUGAAUCGGAUAUUGGCAAUAUGUGGUGGGCAAAGAAUUGUUCAGAAAUAUGUUCCUGUGAAGCAGUAAAGGGAAACAUUGGGACUUUCACAUGCAAUUCAAGGUGUCAGCAGUAUGACGACAUGGCAUCUCUACAAACACCAACACAGUGGAGAGACUGGUGCAACAAAGUGAGGCAAGACAGAUGGGAGCGGGACGGAAAUUAUUACUGUAUCUCAAACUUCUGUAAAAAGAUGAUUCAACUGUCUUCACCAAAAAAUUGAUGAACGACCUCAAGC